UCAUUCAAUGUAAACUUAUGACGUCGUGGCCAAAGUGGUCCGUUGCCAAUAGAGUAUUGACUCCAUUGAUUGACACGUUUGAAAUGAAUGUUAAGAACUCUGCAUUGCUGGUAGGAAAGUUGAAUUCAGUUAGGUUACCAUCGGGGUAUAUGCUUGUGUCUCUGGAUGUAGUAUCGUUGUUUACAAUGAUUCCUAAAGAGCUGGUGUUAAAGAUCAUAGCUGAUGAGUGGGAUGUUUUCAAGGAAUUCCUAAAGGUACCGAAAGAAAUCCUAAUGGAGAUGAUUAGCAUAUGUUUUGAAACGAGCUAUUUCACGUUUAAUAAUAGCAUCUUUCUGCAAGUGGAUGGUACUAGCAUGGGGAACCCUGCUAGUCCAUCGUUGGCGAAUAUAGUUAUGUACUUCGCAUUAAAAAAGAUCAUCGACUCACUACCGUUUAAUGUUCCACCGCUAUGUUUAUACGUGGAUGACACGUUGGUUGCAGUUUCCGUGAAUGAGAAAGAUAAUUUAUUGCAUUAUUUCAAUAGUUUUCAUAAAUUAUUAAGGCUAAAUAAUUACCCGAAUUUCUUCAUUGAUAAAUGUAUUAAGAAAUUCAGAGAGAUACAUUUAAAUAAUACUAAUGCAAAUGGAGCGAGUGUCAAGAAAAUAGAUUUAGAUUUCCGUUCAUCAAGGACGGUCGGUCAAGUAUUUUCAACAUUGAAAGAUAAAGAUGAUUUAAAAAAAGUUUCUAAUGUGGUUUAUAAAAUCCCAUGCUGCUGUAAACGGGUGUAUGUUGGACAAUCUAGCCAGUAUUUAGGUAGCAGGGUGUAUCAGCAUCUGUACAGUUGUAGAAAUGUUGGUAGAAUAAAAGAUAAAACAGCUUUAAGUUUACACCAUUUGGAAACUGGACACAGAUUUGAAUUUGACAAUGUUAGAAUACUAGAUAAAGAAAGAAUUCGAUAUAAACGGAAUGUGAGUGAGAUGGUACAUAUUUCUGUCAAUGAUACUUUGAAUUUUAGAACUGAUACGGAUAAUCUAAGUAGCAUCUACUCCAACUUGCUGUGUAAAUUCAAAAUGUAUUGUAGCCAAUCAAAGUACUUGACUGGAAUUGUACCU